CAACAACUUAAAACCAAUAUAUUCUGAAAAUAAUCUAGUCUGUUAAAACAAAUUACUAUCGAACAUGUUAGUUAAUUUUCCAUCCCUUCAUUUUACGAAGUUCGUAAACCAUGGCCUCUGUGUUAGAUUUGAACUUUAACAAAGCAAAUAAAACCCCAAAGGUAGAAACACUUCCUUAAACACCUCAUUUAAUGCUGGACUCCCCUUCACACUCUGUAGUGAUCACUACUCUCUCCAUUUUCUCUCUAAAGCUACAAAAUUUAUAAAAAUGGCAAAUCUUGCACAGGUAGCAGGAGUAGACACAUCAGGCCUUGCAAACAUGAUCAUAUCAUCAGCAAGAAACGCCACCGCGCACAAGAAAAACUGCGAGCAACUAGCAGAGCACGUGAAGAUUAUAAGCAACCUGCUAGAGAAGAUAAAAUCAACGGACCUGGUGAACUUGCCUGCUACAAAAGAGCCAUUGGAUUGUCUAGAGGAAGCUUUGAGGAAGGCACUUGAUUUGGUGGAGAGCUGCAAGGAAAAGAGCUAUCUAUACAUGCUUGCUAUGGGAUGGAGUGUCGUUUAUCAGUUCAGACAAGUUCAUGAUGAAAUUGAUAGGUAUCUUAGGCUCGUACCCUUGAUUUCUCUGGUCCAUGAGUUCAGGAUGCAGGAUGUAAAGGAAGGCUGGCAGGCAAUUGAAGAGGAUCGAAGAGACUAUACCCUCGAUGAAGACGAUGUAGAGGCUCAAAGUGUGAUUUUAAAACCUGACCGUUCAAAGAAAGAUGCAAACAUGUUGGAGAAGUCUCUAUCUCGCAGAUAUCCUGACUUGGGAUUCCAGGAGGUUCUCCAAGAAGAAAAAGAGAAAUUACAGAUUGAGCUGCAGAGAUCAAGAACAAGCAAGGAGCCAGAUCAAUGCCGAGUAAUUGAACAUCUGAUUGAGGUAACAGAAAAUGUCGUCAAUGAUGUUCCUGCAAAGAAGGUUACGAAACUUCUUGUUAAUGAGCCAACUUAUGUUGUCUCAGGGUACAUAACCAAUGCAAGAUCCAGCAAUGGGGUCCUAAAGCCUGGAGAUAAGUGCCAGUCUGAAUGGCAGGUUGAUCUUUUUGAUUGUUUCAAGGAGCCAUGUUUGAGCUUGAAGACCUGCAUUUAUCCCUGCGGUGUAUUUUCAAGGAUAGCCAAUGUGGUGUCGAAAGGAAAGACAUCUCGCGAGCGUGCGAUUAAUGAUCUAAUGGCGUACUCCAUUUUUUGUGGAUGUUGCUGUUACACCUGCUGCAUCAGGAAAAAAAUUCGGCACCUUUUCGACAUUGAGGGAGGCUCAUGUGAUGACUUCUUAACUCAUGUCAUGUGUUGCUGUUGUGCAAUGGUUCAAGAAUGGCGAGAGCUUGAAGUCAGAGGCUUUGAAGGUUGCCCGGAGAGAAAGAUGAUUCCUCCGCCUUACCAGUAUAUGAUGCCUUAACUAUGAACAAUAUGCUGCUCUCUACAAGUUCUAUUUACCAUAUACAUGUAACUAAACACUUCAACAGAGGCAUGGCGCUGGAACAUUCUGCAGAGACAAUGUGUUGGAGCCAUAUUGUACCUUUUAAGUUGACUUGAAAAUGAGAUACACGCUAAGUGAAACCUAUUUCU